UCGGCAGAAGCAUGCGUCCCUCCUCCUUCAGGCAGGGCGGCCUGGUUUCCGGUUUCCGGCCUGUGUUGCAGGGGCUGACAAGCAGAGGGAGGGAAGGAUGGUCCUGAUUAAGGAAUUCCGUGUCUGCCUUCCCAUCUCUGUGGAAGAGUACCAGGUCGGCCAGCUCUUCUGUGUUGCUGAAGCCAGUAAGGAGAACACAGGAGGCGGUGAAGGGAUCGAGGUCCUUAAGAACGAGCCGUACGAGAGGGAUGGAGAGAAAGGCCAGUACACUCACAAGAUCUACCACCUGCAGAGUAAAGUCCCCAGUUUCGUUAAGAUGUUGGCCCCUGAAGGUUCACUUGUUUUCCACGAGAAGGCCUGGAAUGCGUAUCCGUAUUGUCGCACAAUUGUGACGAAUGAAUACAUGAAAGACGAUUUCUUUAUUAAAAUUGAAACGUGGCACAAACCCGACUUUGGGGAGAAUGAGAACGUUCACGGUUUGGACGCCGAGACGUGGAAAGACGUGGAAGUCGUGCCCAUCGAUAUUGCCGACCGCUCUGAGAUCUCCGAGGAGGAUUAUAAACCCAACGAGGACCCCGCGACCUUCAGAUCAGAGAAGACGGGACGGGGGCCGCUAAACCAGAAUUGGAAGAAAGAGUUGGCCAAUAACCCCUCGUCGCCUCACAUGUGUGCCUACAAACUGGUGACCGUCAAGUUCCGGUGGUGGGGUCUCCAGGGUCGGGUGGAGAAAUUUAUCCACAAGCAAGAGAAACGUCUUUUCACCAACUUCCACCGGCAGCUCUUCUGCUCGUUGGACCGGUGGGUGGACCUGAACAUGGAAGACAUCCGUCGGAUGGAGGAGGAGACGCAGAAAGAGCUUGACGAGAUGCGGCAGAAAGGAACUGUCAGAGGAAUGAGCGCAAAGGAUGAAUAGAGUUCCUGGGUCCCCUGAUAUAACAGAUUCCCCUCAGGUGGAGCCUGAAAGAUCUUCCUAACGCUCAGCUGCUGGAUCGUACCCGAGUGCUUCACGGGGGGUCUCACGGAAAGAAGACGAAGAGCUCGCAACCUCUUCGCUCGCCCUCUCCAUCUUCGCCUUCAUUGUUUUUUUUCUUUUGGUCUCUUUUCUCUGCUAACGGGCGGCGUCUGGUUGGCGGAUCCCCGCAGCCACCCGCGCAUGUUAGUGAGACGGACGGUAUACAACCACUUAACCCUUUCCCUGCUGGAAAAGGGAAACUGUACAUUUUUUUGGGGGGGACACAACGCAGCGGAAACGUAGAAUUACGGUUAAUGGGAUUUAUUGCGACCUCUGCGGAAUGACGUUACACCGGCCCCUGUCCGCAGCGUACGAUCAGCCCGGCGGGGGAGAUGCUCUGCGGUUGCGCUCAGAGUGCCAUUUGUGAGGGUCCAGGAGCGGCUAGGAAUCACUAUAUAAAAGAGGGACCAGGAGGGGAGUCACUUGGGGCUGGGGAGGGCUGUAAUUAUGCCUGAGAGGGAGAGGCAAUUAGUCUUUUUUUCUAUUUUUUUUCUUAAUGGGUAACUUGAUCACAUUUAUGGAAAUAAAACGAUAAGAAAUG